AUGGAACAGGCAACGGAGGGCGGAUCCGGCUCCGGCUCCGGCGUUAACGCCGGCCGCGAUUGGUCCGGCUUGCCGGAGGAGCUGCUGGUCAGCUUCCUGCUGGCGAUGGACGUCCCCGGCGCCGUCCGCUCCGGCGCGGUCUGCACCUCCUGGAACGCGGCGUACGCCGCCUUCCGCCGGCUCCGCGCGCCGUCGCCGAGGCAGCCCCCGUGCCUUCUCUACGCCAGUGACUCCCUUGCCCCCGGCGCCGCCGCGCUCCACUGCGUGGCCACCGGCGCCACGCUGCGGAUCCCCUUCCCGCGGGCCCCGCUUGCCCGCCGGCCCCUGCUGGGCUCCGGCCACGGCUGGGUGGUCACCGCCGACGAGGCCUCCAACCUGCACCUCGUCAACCCCGUCACGGGCGCCCAGGCCGCGCUCCUGCCGGUCACCGCGCUCCACAACGUCAAGAUGGGCACGGACGAGCGGGGCGGCCCCGCGUACACCGUCUACGACGAGCCGGGCCCCAACUCCAAGCCGCCGAUCAUCCUGGAGAUCGGCCGGGCGCACGAGUACCUGUACCACCGGGUGGUGCUCUCGACCAGCCCCUCCGCCAGCCGCGCCUGCGUUGUUGUCCUCCUGCACAUGCCAAUGGGUAAGAUAUCCUUCACCAAGCUCGGCGACGACCGCUGGACCUUGUUCUCGCCGUGUGAGGGCACCGGGCUCCCGUGGAAGUGCUUCUACAAGGACGCCAUGUACAGUGACGUUGACGGCUUGUUCUACCUUCUCCUGAUCAAUGCCUCCAUAGUUAGCUUGGACCUCAAUGGGUCCUCGCCGGUGGCUCGCAUGAUCCUCGACAACGUGUCAGGCACGGGCACUCGGGCCAAGUACCUAGUUCAGACACCGGCGGGUGACUUCUUGCAAGCUUGGAGGUUGAAGGACUAUGUCGACUCGCCAACACCAGUGGACAUUCCGCAAGAAUACAUGGACGAGGAAGAAGGCCAGGACCCAUAUGUAGAGCUCAACACCGUUGAUAUAGAGAUCUACAAGGUUGACCUCCAUGGUCAGAAGCUGGAGUUGAUGAAGGGUUUGCCGGACUAUGCGUUGUUUCUCGGCUUUAAUGCCUCGAUGUGCCUACCAAUUAAGGAUUUUGACGGAUUAAAAGCGAAUUGUGUUUACAUAACCGACGACUCCCCGGAGUAUGUGAAUCUUCUGAAUUGUGACAAUUUAUUUAAGAAGUACACUUUCUAA